AUGUUUUUUAAUUUUAUUUUUAAAAACUUUGAAAGGUUUGGAUUUCAAUCUAAAAGAAAUAAUAUUUUUCCUGUUGCUUAUCUACAUCAAACAAAUGUUAAAAAAUCCAAUUUCUGGCCAGCAUUGCAAAGUUCAAUUAAUCCACAAACGAAAGAAUUUCGGCAUAGCGAAGCAAAAAUGCUUGAAAUUUUAGACGAAUUUAACAAAACUGUUUCACAAAUUGUUGAAGGAAAAGACGUUGAACUAUCAACAAUUCUUAAUCACAAAAAGAAGGGGAAAAUGUUGGCUAGAGAGCGUGUUGAACUUUUAAUUGAUUCUGGAAGUGCUUUUUUGGAACUUUCACAAUUGGCUGGAUAUAAUUUGUAUGGAGAGGAGAAAGUGCCUGUUGGUGGAAUUAUUACUGGUUUGGGAAUGGUUUCAGGCAGACUUUGUGUUAUAACGGCAAAUGAUGCGACUGUUAAAGGAGGGACAUAUUAUCCCAUUACUGUUAAAAAGCAUUUAAGGGCGCAGGAAAUUGCAAGAGAAAAUAGACUUCCCUGCAUUUAUUUGGUUGAUUCAGGUGGGGCCAAUUUACCUCGUCAAGCAGAAAUUUUCGCUGAUCGGGAACAUUUUGGUCGUAUUUUUUACAAUCAAGCAACAAUGUCAGCUGAAGGAAUUCCUCAAAUUGCAAUUGUUAUGGGAUCCUGUACUGCUGGAGGUGCUUAUGUUCCUGCUAUGGCUGACCAAUCAAUUAUUGUUCAAGGAACAGGGACUGUCUUUUUAGGUGGUCCUCCACUUGUGAAGGCUGCUACUGGCGAGGAGGUAACUGCUGAAGAACUUGGAGGUGCUGAUUUACAUUGCCGGAAGAGCGGAGUAACCGAUUAUUUUGCAAGAAACGAUAAACAUGCAUUGGCAAUAGCUCGCCAAAUUAUUGCUGGAUUACCUUUACAACAAAAUUUUGAAUUAAAAAAUCAAAUAGAAGAGCCUUUAUUUUCUUCUAAUGAAAUUUAUGGAAUUAUUGGGAGUGAUGGAAAACAGAGGAAGGCUUAUGAUGUUCGAGAAAUAAUUGCAAGAAUUGUUGAUGGAUCUCGUUUUAAUGAAUUUAAACAAUUUUACGGCGAAACUUUGGUAACUGGAUUCGCUCAUUUGUUUGGCCACACAGUUGGAAUUGUUGGCAAUAAUGGCGUUUUGUUAAGUGAAUCAGCAAUGAAAGGUGCUCAUUUUAUCCAACUUUGUUGUCAGCGAAAUAUUCCUUUAAUUUUCCUUCAGAACAUAACUGGUUUUAUGGUUGGACGUGAUGCUGAAGCUGAAGGGAUUGCUAAACACGGUGCAAAGAUGGUUACUGCCGUUGCUUGUGCACACGUACCAAAAUUAACUUUAUUAAUUGGAGGUUCUUAUGGAGCUGGGAACUAUGGAAUGUGUGGAAGAGCUUAUUCACCUAGAUUUUUGUUCAUGUGGCCGAAUGCAAGAAUUUCUGUCAUGGGUAGUGAACAAGCAGCCAAUGUUCUGGCCCAAAUCCAAAGAGAAAAGCGUGCACGGAAACAAUCUGGAGCAGAUUCUGAACCUUUGACUGAAGAAGAGGAACGCAGAAUCAAACAACCCGUUGAAGAGCGUUUUGAGCGUGAGGGAUCCCCCUUCUUUGCUUCUGCACGUCUCUGGGAUGAUGGUGUCAUUGACCCUGCCAAUACUAGGCAAGUUCUCGGUCUCGCUCUCCAAGCAACACUUUGUGGAUAUAAAACUGAGGAUGUGGAGAGGACUAAAUAUGGAGUUUUUCGAAUGUGAUAUCUUUUAACCUUGCCUAUAUU